AUGAUCAAAUCAACAAUCUCUACUCUGUUAGCCACUGCUGCCUUGGUGUCAAGCACAUGUCUCACUCCGGAUCCAUCCUCAUGUUCCUGCGACAUGCCAACGGCAGCGAAGAAUAGUAGAACUGAAUGCUGCCCCAAUCCACACGCCUCGGGUAUCGAGAAAGUCGGCAACAUCGACUUUGAAUACGCAUGCGGCAAAUACCCUCGCCUUUACGACAUUGCUGCCGGACUACCCGCUGCAACAGCCGACCUGUGCGCCACCCUCUGUGCAGCGAAUCCAUCCUGUGCGGCUGCCGGAUGGAACCCUUCGAGUCGUCUCUGCCACCUAUCCACAGAUACCAGCGGCGACACAACCUACAGAGUGAACUCCCUGUUACUCACGAAGACCAAUUUCAUCUCCCCUGCCCAUCAAUGUGAAGAGGAAGUCCAAGAAGCUGUAACCAAGGCUCAGGAAACAUGCACCAGAGAAAAGGAUGCCCUGAAGGGUGAGCUAGCACAGUGCAAGGCUGCGUCAGAUCCAGCGUGUUGGGGCAACGGGGGUGCAAACCUCUGCACUGAUAGCUGCACGCAACAAGAUUUGCUUGUCAACGGUAAAAAGUUCCAAAAGAAAUGCGACUUUCAAAUUGAUUCUUUUGUGGGUCAAGAGCUAUUCCAGCCAAUCCGGGACUGUAUUCAGCAAUGUAGUCAGCAGAGUGAUUGUGUCGGUGUACAGGGUAACCCUGCCGGAACGUCAUGCUGGGUGUACAACGACCAAUGGUCUAUCCAAGCUCCAAGGCGGGAGCCGGGGUGGACUCUGCUUCUAGUGGCUUAA